GAUCAGCAGAAGAGAAAAGAGCGCAGAGCCCCGGCUGGGACCAACGUCGAGUAGAGUGACAGGAGCCCAGGAAGACGCCCACUUGGACCCAUGGAGGAGAAGCGUAUUUUGUGCAUCGGACUUGUGUGCCUGGAUAUAAUCAGCGUGGUGGACAAUUAUCCGGAGGAGGAUUCGGACACCAGAUGUUUGUCGCAGCGCUGGCAACGUGGAGGGAACGCCUCCAACACCUGUACCGUUCUGGCCCUGUUGGGAGCCCCUUGUGCUUUUAUGGGGUCGUUAGCUCCUGGUCAUGCUGCAAACUUCAUCCGCGAUGAUUUCCGACGCUAUGAGGUGGAUCUCACCCAUGUGGCUUUGCAUCUGGCAUGCAGCUUUCCCAUUUCGACAGUGAUCAGCAACUCAGCCACAGGCACCCGCACGAUCCUGCACGCUGCUAGCAAUCUGCCAGAUGUGACAGCUGCUGAUUUUGAAAAAGUUGACCUGUCUCAGUACAAGUGGAUCCAUUGGGAGGGUAGGAAUGCUUCAGAACAGGUUAAAAUGCUGCUACAGGUGGAAAAGUAUAACCAAACCUGCCCACCAUCUGAGCGAGUGACCACAUCUGUGGAGGUGGAAAAGACCAGGCCAGAAUUGUACCAGCUGUUUUGCUAUGGAGAUGUGGUCUUUGUCAGCAAAGAUGUGGCCAAGACAUUUGGAUUCUACUCGGCUCCUGAGGCUGUGAAGGGGCUCUAUGGGCGUUUGAAACCAGGAGCCACCUUGAUCUGUGCUUGGGCUGAAUAUGGAGCUGAUGCAAUGGGACCAGAUGGGCUGCUGGUGCAUUCAGAUGCAUUCUCCCCUGAAACUGUUGUGGACACUCUGGGGGCUGGAGACACAUUCAACGCUGCUGUGAUCCUGGCUCUAAGCAAGGGAAAAACACUUCCUGCAGCAUUAACCUAUGGAUGCCAGGUGGCAGGCCGGAAGUGUGGGGUUCACGGGUACGAUGGGAUCGUGUGAGCAACAUGAUGAAAGCUGUACCUGCUGGAUUUCACUGGACCAUGGACUAAUACUGUAUUUCUCACGGUGGUGUUCUAUUUGCUAGUGGCACUGGCACUGCUCCUCUGGCAUCUCCUGCAGGUGGGAAGACAUGUCAAGCUACCUGCCACACAUUCCAUAUGCAGUCUGGCUGAGCUGGCUCAGAUGCUCCUGUCUCUUGCCAGGAGGAAGCAAGGUUUCGCUGUAUAACCAUUAGAAGAUAAAUAAAAUACUUGAAGCUGC